CACUUGAUCAAAAGGAUGACCGCUGGCCUGGGGGCCAUAGAAGCACAGAUCAACAAAACGCGAGAGUUUGAUCCUCUGGUGAACAUCGAAGAAUGGCGUAAGCAACGGCUGCUUCCGUGGGACGAGGACUUCACAGGGCUUGCGAUGUCGCUUGUGACACUUCAGGACACGUACGCUCUGGACUUGCAUAAACUGACCGAGGGACACCUCCACGCAAAUAUUCCGAGGAACCGAACAAUUCAUGGACGUCUUCCACUCAAUGCUCGAGAUUGCUUGAACAUCAGCCAGGCGGCUCUGGAAUGGGGUUUAUACGACCGCGCCAUGGAUUGGGCCGAGCGGGCGAUAGCCAAGGCCGCCGACGAAGAACCCCCCACAAUCCCCAACCAAGAACUGGAAACGCAUCACGAGGCCAUCGUUAAUAAGACAAACGGAGAACCUGUCCGAGAUCCCACGAGGCAGUCUGCAGAGUCCAAGGCCCAGCUCUUCCAGGAGCUGCCAGCAGAUCAGGAGGAACUUAACUACAGGCGGCUUUGCCGCGGUGAAGUGCUCAGGACUCCUCAGAUGGACAGCAAGCUGAGGUGCCGCUACUACGAGGGACAAGAUGGCUUCUUUACACUGCACCCAAUCAAGCUCGAAGAAAUCAAUCUUAAGCCUUACAUCAUCGUAAUGCGCGACGUCGUUCAAGAGCGAGACAUCGAAGACCUGAUGGCCUUCGCUGAGCCACGGCUGCAACGGUCCACAACGUAUACCGGGGAUGGAAAUGUACCGUCCACAAGACGAACCAGCUCGAAUGCGUGGCUGUGGGAUGACGAGGCACCGAUCGCAAAAAGAAUGAAUUGGUAUCUGCGGGCGCUCGUAGGCUUGGGCACCUCGGGCUCCGAAUACGAAGCGGAAGCAUACCAGCUGGCCAACUAUGGAAGUGGUGGGUAUUUCUUGCCGCACUACGACUACCUUCAAGACACAUUGCACGCACACAACAGUACGGCCGAUUAUUACCUCCAAAAUAAUGAAGGAGACAGGCUGGCCACCCUUAUGAUCUACAUGACCGACGUCGAAGAGGGCGGAGCCACAGUCUUUCCAAGACUCGGAGUAAGACUGGUACCCAAAAAGGGUGAUGCCGCGUUCUGGUGGAACCUGAAGGCAAGCGGGGAAGGAGACACGCUCACGAUGCACGCCGGCUGCCCCGUUCUUUACGGAUCCAAGUGGAUCGCCAACAAGUGGUUCAAGUCCUACAGUAACGUGUUCCGGCUGCCCUGCUCCGUCGACCGAAACCUCUCCCUGGCACCCCUCAUCUGACCUCUCUGUUAAGAGACUUUAGGCCGAUCCCUACAAUAUUGUUGACUUACCUCAGCAGCCGGCGUCAUUGCCGGCCUCUUAAUCGGACACACGGAUAUCGGGAAAAUUUUGGCUUGCAAUAAAAUGAUCAUCAGUCAAUAUCAA